AUGGCCAAGCUUAAAUCAUCACUCCUGAAACAUGCUCCAAUUGUUAAAGUUGUUUUCAGUGUUCACGUUAGACGAACGGACAAGCUUAAAGGGGAGGCUGAAUUCCAUGCAUUAGAAGAAUACAUGAAUCAUGUGGCUGAUUGGUUGGAGACGUUAUCAUUACGAGGUCCGGCCGUCAGUCCAGCUUCAAAGAACGAGGGUUUAUUGCGGGAAGAAAUAGACGGACCGGGAAAGAGGGCUGGACAUGAAACAACGCUGAGCGACCGUUUCAUAUCGUUGUUCCUUUGUUUACAGACGCCGAGGGUGAAAGCAGAACCGGAGGAUUACAUUAUCCCCGAUAUUUCAAAGCUGAAACACAUGUCGGAACAAAGUUUGAUGCAAAUAUACUGGAAGUACAUCAACAGACUGCAAGUGCUGUGUAAAGAUAUUAUUCGAGUUGGAAGUCUAAACGAUGGAGGAAAAGAAAUAUGUAUUGAUGAACCAUACAAACCGAAGACCCCAUGUCUCGUGUACUCGUUUGGAAUAAAUAACCAAUUUGACUUCGACAAAGACAUCAACAGACUGUUUGGGUGCGAUGUAUACUGCUUCGAUCCCAGUAUGGAAAGGGACAGUUUUCGGGUGGCAGACAAAAUUUGGUUCUACAACUGGGGCCUGGGCGGUGAAAACUUUAUUAAUGACAAUGGUUGGACGAUAAAAACAUUGGACGUCAUCCGAAAGGAGCUGAAACAAACCAAUAGGCCAAUUGACGUAUUAAAGAUUGACAUAGAAGGGGAUGAGUGGUACACAAUUCAACAGAUGGUCUCAUCAGGUGCUCUUAAUGACGUCAAACAGAUCUCCAUGGAAACACACUACAUGCCUGGAGGAAAGGGCAACCACUCGUUGUCUGCAGCUGAACAGCUGUAUUUUUUAAGACAAUUAUACGAUAAUGGUUUUAGAAUAUACAUGAGGGAACGAAAUUUAUGCUGUACUAAACUUUGGCCAGGUUUUAAUCAUAACAUUUCGACUGUGAAUGAAAUAUCUUUGAUAAAACUUGCGCAAUAA